AGGGGAUAUUUUAGUGAAAACUCUUAAAAACACGGCUGGAAAGAAUAUUCGAACAUUUUAGUUUACGAUAUUUACAGGAGUUUGUAGGACAAUGACAUUAGGUUCUCGUUUUUAACUACCCAAGAGUGUAAUUUGAGACGCUCCUGUCGAUUCAGUUUGAGAGUUCUUCCCCCAAACCGGUUGGACGAGAAGACCGCACCUGCGAGAGAGAAAGAAAAGAGCGCUUGUUUUCCUUCUCGUUCAUUGUACCUGUUGGCCUUGUGCGGAGCAGCCACAAAGCCAACCUCGGACGUUUACAGCUUUCGGUUUAUUUUCCAGAUCUUUCGCAACCAUAACCAUGAAUUCUGUGGUUGUGUUUCUUCUGGUGGCCUUCGCGGCUACGGCAUCGGCUCAAUGCACCUGUAAGACUAUGAAGUGGGCUACUUGUGACGGAACCCCUUGCCAGUGCACUGUAAUGGUUGGCGAGAACGUGAAACAGCCCCUGGACUGCACUAAGUUGAUCCCCAAGUGCUUUCUGAUGAAGGCGGAGAUGUACCGCGCCAAGAAGGGCCUGUCCACCCGCACGGGCGGGAAGCCCACGGAGCACGCCUUCGUGGACAACGACGGCAUCUACGACCCCGAGUGCGAGAACACCGGCACCUUCAAGGCCCUGCAGUGCAACAACACCGAGGAGUGCUGGUGUGUGAACAGCGCUGGAGUGCGCCGCACGGACAAGGGCGACAAGACCCUCAAGUGCGACAAGCUGGUGGAGACCUACUGGGUACGUCUUGAGCUCAAACAUAAGGAUAUUCCUGGUUACCAGAUGGACCAAGACAAGCUGAAAACUGCUCUGAAGGCUGCUCUAAAGGAACGUUAUGAUAUGCCCGCGGACCUUACGGACAGCAUGGAAAUGGCCUAUGACAAGGACGCACGCCUCAUCGUCCUGGACAUAAAGAAGGACAAAGCAGACAAAGAUAAGGACCUAUCCAAAAUGGCUUACUACAUGGAGAAAGAUGUCAAAGUCCUGCCUCUCUUCCAAAGCACCAGCAAGUUUGAGCCGAACGUGGAGGGCAAGAAUGUGGAAAUGGAGAACAUCUUGGUGUACUAUGUAGAUGCGGAGCCCCCCACCUUCACCAUGAAGAGGCUGACCGGUGGGGUGAUUGCGGUCAUCGUCGUCGUCAUUCUGGCCGUUGUCGCUGGGCUGCUCAUCCUGUACUUCACCAAUAAGAAAGAAAGGGCAAAGUAUCAGAAGACACAGGUCAGAGAAUUGGAUGAGAUGGCAAAGUGAAUGUCCUUAUUUUCUUGAAGUGGUGAAAUUAAGUAAAAUAAUCCCAUCACAUUUUGAUAGGAGUACCCUUCACAUUGGAAACUAAACUAGAGGUUAGCUCUUGUUCUAAACAUCUUGUGUGCAGUUGUCUAUAAAAAUGUUGCUUAAUAGUUUUUUAAUCUGAGGGAUGGUCUCUGCUGUAACUUACAUCUUUGUUAAUAUACAAUAUUUGGUGUGCUGUUAUUUCCCAAGGACCAUAUUUAUGAGCUAAAGAAAAUUGCAGAAAGUGCCUGUAUAUUACCAAAUCCCUGUCCAUGAAAUGCAUAUUGGAGAUUCAUUUUUUAUUUGACGUAAUAUUUUUCACUUUGCCAUGUACAGAUUGGGGUACUGCGGUUUUUAAUAUUGUGAAUUUUGAUUAAAUGGUUUUUAAUAAAAUGAUAAUAUUGUUUAA